AUGGCCGUUUUAGAAGACUCGAAUAUAGUCGAACCUGCGGCCGAGAUGUUGUCCUUCAACAUUUUAAAGGCACAGAAGCAUGACCGCGCCGGACUUAGACUGGGGAGACUUUUGCUGUCUGAUCGUACUCCUAUUGAAACGCCUCAUUUUAUAAGCAUCACUUCGAGAGGCGCAAUUCCACAUAUCACCCAAGAUACGAUGAAAAAGCAUACAAAAACCAACAGCGUAUAUGUCGCGUUGGAAGAUUUCAUAGAAAAGGCUCCACGCGAAACUCCUCCCGUAUAUUCUAUGCCCGCUCAACAUGAUACCUCUGCACUGCGCCAGUUCACCUCCCUGGGUCAGAACACAACAAUGAUAAUGGGCGCUCGUCGUAUCGAUCCGAUUGCAUGCCCGGCAGCGAAUUCAAACUCAGCCGUGUCGAUCUUAACCUCUGUCGGCUUUCGACAACUCGAAUCAGAAGACUACGCAGAAGCUGCACGGAAAUUGCAGCCUGAUAUUGUCAUUGGACUUGCAGAUAUUGUAUUUGGCCAAAAGCCAGGAUUAAAACGCAUGCAGAAGAUGGGCGACCGGACCGGCUGGUGGAUGGAGCACCUGGUGGCUGCGUGCUCCGAGCAGCCGGAGAUGUCUGAGCACAAGCAGAAGCACAACAAAAAGCCAGCCAUCUUUGCGCCAGUCCUGCCCAUGUCUCAGGGGCAACAGCAUUUCUACCUUAAUCAGCUGGAGGAAGAACUACGAGGCCACAUUGCUGGUCUGACACUAUACGAUCCCACAUCUGUCACGGAGAUUCCGCCUGGCCUCGCUUCGCUUCCUCGCAUGUCCCUAGAUGGACCGAAAUCGCCAUCAGACAUCUUAUACCGCAUAUCACUCGGCAUAGAUCUGUUCGCUAUUCCUUUUAUCUGCGAAGCCACCGACGCCGGCAUCGCGCUGGACUUUACGUUCCCAGCUCCCAAAGGCGUCGCAACGAGCGAACCCAAACAGCUUGGAACAGACAUGUGGAGCUCGGAAUUCGCCGGUGAUAUCUCUCCUCUUCAGGACGGAUGUACCUGCUAUACAUGCACCCGGCAUCACAAGGCGUAUAUUCAGCAUUUAUUAGUAGCAAAGGAAAUGUUGGGCUGGACUUUGUUACAAAUCCACAAUGAGCGCGUCAUGAAUGAGUUUUUUGCGGGCAUCCGCGCAACUAUUGCGGAAGACACGUUCGAAACAGAGCGCAAGAUAUUUGAGAAUGCAUAUCAUAGUGAAUUGCCAGAAAAGACUGGUCAGGGUCCUAGAGUACGAGGCUACCAAUUCAAAGUUAAUGGGCCGAACGAACCAAAGAAGAACCAAGCAUCAUAUACGACCCUCGACGACUCCAGGCAGUGCAUAGAAGAAGCAGCGGCAGCGGCAGCGAUACCAAGCCCCGGUGAAGAUGCAGAUGAUCUUGCGGCAAAGGGCUUUGCGGAGAAGGCUGAAUAG